UUGGAAUUUGAAGAAACAAAUGAAGAAUCAGUCUCGGAUAUUUUUGAAAAAAUAUUAAUUGGUAGCUGUCAAAUCAAAGACGGGCUCAAAUUGAGAAACCUCGAUAUAAAGAAUUCGAAAAAUGUUCAUUUCUAUAAACUAAACACAGAUGGUCCUUUAUCACAAAGUAUCGAUGAAGAAGAAAACAUCAUCGGCUCACAACUUUGGCAACUUCCAUGCAUCGAAUUCGAAAACAUCUGGGAAAAUCUGAUUUAUGACACACAAUUGAAAAACGAUGUAAUGUCCUAUGUUUACGCGCUUGUCCAUUUAUCCGAAAAACAUGUCAAUUCAAAAAUCAUCAAUGUGAAUCGAUUGAUUCUUUUGGUUGGUCCACCUGGAACUGGAAAAACUUCUUUGUGUAAAGGACUUGCGCAACAUUUAUCGAUUCGUUUGAAUAAUCGAUAUACACAUUCAGUUAUGAUUGAGAUCAAUAGUCACAGUUUAUUCUCAAAAUGGUUCUCAGAGGUACAUAAAAAAAAUAUUUGAAAACUGUCAACCAAAUUAAAAAUUUCAGAGUGGAAAAUUGGUUCAAAAAAUGUUCGAUCAAAUCGACGACCUUGCCGAAGAUUCAAAAUGCAUGGUUUUCGUUCUAAUCGACGAAGUUGAAUCACUUGGAAUGUGUCGAGAAUCUUCAAAUUCUCGAGCUGAACCAGCUGAUGCAAUUCGAGCUGUAAAUGCACUUCUCACACAAAUCGAUCGAAUUCGAAGACGAGAUAAUGUAUUGAUUUUAUGCACUUCAAAUCUCGAAGAUUCACUUGAUCGUGCUUUGAUUGAUCGAGCUGAUAUUGUGAAAAAUGUUGGAGAACCUUCUACACUUGCGCUAUAUGCAAUGUUGAAAUCUUGUAUUAUGGAAAUGAUCAGAGUAUGUCUUUAGUUCAAGUAUUUCCAAAAAUCCCUAUUUUUUUCAGAUCGGUGUAGUUGAAUUGAAAGAUAAUGAAAAUAUCCCCGAAGAUAUUCAAAGUUACGACGAGAUUCCAUCAUCCUCAAAAACUCUUUUCAAAAUCGCUCAACAAUCUCACGGCCUAAGUGGUCGUGCAAUUUCAAUGCUUCCCACUUUGGUCUACUCAAAAAAGUCUUGA